UUCUAUCUACUAUGCAGAGUAUGAGUAGAUGCAGGAUUUUGGGUAAACAAAGUUGAGUUUUGGGUUAAUCACCUGAAAUAACCGUCUUUAGAUAAAAUAACCAAAAGUUAGUUAGAUCACCCAAUUUUUUUGAUCAAAUAACAACUCUCAUAUAAUAACUAGUCUAUUGUGAGUAGAAUUCACGAUCUCUCACUUACCGAAGAAGAAGAGACCACUCAAUGUGAUACAGUUAAGUGCUCUGAAAUUUCCUCGUUUAUGAACUAAAGAUACAUUAAAGUAUGGUAACGAAAUGGGGAUGAAGAAAAUGCCCAGGACCAUGACCCGACCCGCUAAAAAUUGAAAGGCUGGGCGGGAAAGUUAAUUAAAUUGUCUGCCCAAAAAAAUUUGGGCGCCAAUUCAAAGUAAGCGACUAAAUAAUGCGUAUAACCCAAAAUUCCAAAUUCCUCUCGUCCAUUCAUUGAUGCGAUGCAAUCAAAGAUCAGUGCCUUCUUCAAACCCUCUUCUUCUUCUUCUUCUGUUUCACCCAAACCAGCAGACCCACCUCCCAUUUUCGACGACGACGGCCAGGAAUUGAGCAUCUGGGAAAAGAAGCAACACCAACAAUUCUCCACCUACAAGCGAAGAGCUCCAAACCCACCAAGGGGUGGGAGUGAGUGUAGUUGGGAUAACCAGUUGGCAAAGACACCCAUUUCGGAUGUCGACUCUCCCAAGCCUGAAUCGACAGUAUUGGGAAAGACAGUGACCAAGAACAAGAAGAGAAGCUAUGCUCAGUACCAUCUAGACUUGGGUCAGUCUGACUUUCUUCUGCACACUUGUUCCGCAUGUGGCGUCAUGUAUGUGACUGGAGAUGAAGAGGAUGAGAAGGCUCACAAGGGAUUUCACAAUGACUAUACCCGCGGAAUACAAUUCAAGGGUUGGUGCAAUGAGAGGGUUGUUCAUUCGCUUAAAGUGGGAGGAGGUCGGAUUCUUUUGGUGUUGGAUGGUGAUCCUCCUGCUCAGAGGAACAAGGUUGAGAAAGUUGUGACAAUGAUGGAGACUGAGCUUGGCAGUGGGUGGAUUCUGCCCAAGUUGUUUAAGGUGUAUCUGUUUGUUUUGUCCGCAAGAAUUGUAGGCUGUCUGGUUGCCGAACCUAUAACAAAAGCACACAAAGUCCUAUCUUGUGCAGUUGAUGGAAGCUCAAGUUUUGCUAGUACGGCAACAAAGAAAACAAAGUUAACUACUCUCCAGUUUGGGGAAAUCAAAUUUCACAGGGAAGUCAUUAGAAAAGCCCCUUCUGCUCCUGAACCAUUGAAUGAGUGUUUCACUGGUGCUAUCCUUUGUGAAAAGGAAGCAGUACCCGCUGUCUGUGGCAUUAGAGCCAUUUGGGUCACUCCAGCUAACAGAAGAAAACACAUAGCCACCCACUUAUUGGAUGCCCUGAGGAAAAGUUUCUGCAUGGGAUUUGUCCUUGAGCACUCUCAGUUGGCAUUCUCUCCACUAACAUCGGCUGGAAACGCAUUGGUAUCAAAUUAUAUUGGCAGUGGACAUUUCUUGGUGUACAACACAAACAAUGUGGUCUCAUAAAACACAGAUAAACGGUAGUAGUUGUUCUGUAGGCUGAGUUUUUUUUUUUCUUUCUUUUUGAGGAAGAUCUACCCACACUCCAGAUCCUAAUUAUUUUAUAACUCAAAAUUUUUCAGACACUUUGUUAAAUUAAAAAAGUUAAUAAAAUGCCUG